AUGACCGCUUCUUCGGACAGAUCCGCAGCUCUGCAGAAGCACGCGCAGAAGGUGCUUGACACCUACACCGCCGGAAAGGGCCCCAACAACGUACCUGGCGCCGUCGCCUACGUCUCGGACAAGAGCGGCAAGGAUGUCGUUUGGGCACAUGCUGGCGUCAAAGAGGUCGACAAGCAGGAUCCGAUGACCAAAGACACCAUCUUCUGGAUCGCUAGCUGCUCCAAGCUCCUCAUCGCCAUCGCGUGCCUGCAGCUUCGAGAGCGAGGUCAGCUCGACUUCAACGACAGCAUCGACAAGUUCCUCCCCGAAGCUGGAGAGCUCAAGAUGCUCAAGGACGGAUCCAAGCCCAACAAGAUCCCCACCGUCCACGACUGCCUCGCCAUCCUCUCCGGCCAAGCCUGCGCACUCUUCAACCAAGACCUCGCCGACUGGUUCCAGAGCAAAGGACUGCCGCCCACCGCCAACCUCGACUCGACCCGAGCCAGUCUCUUCACCCCCUACGCCUCGCAGCCGGGCGAAGAGUGGAACUACGGCUUCAACAUCGACUGGGCCGGUAUGGCCGUCGAAGUCGUCACCGGUAUGGACCUCGAGUCGUACUACCGCAAGAACAUCUUUGAGCCCCUCGGCAUCAAGGCGAUCACCUUCAAGCCCCGAUCGGCUGGCCUCCUCAAUCGUCUUGCUGGGAGCCAUAUGCGAAACGAAAACGGCGAGGUGAUUCCAUUCAUGCAGCUGCUCUUGCCGGAGGAGGACAAGAUGGAGGCCAUCUAUCCGGGCGCCGGCCUCUUUGCCAACGGUGCAGAGUACACCAGGAUCCUCGUCGCUCUCCUCAACGGAGGAACGCACCCGAUCACCGGCGGCACCAUCCUCAAGCCCGAAAGCGUCGAGCUGCUCAAGAAAGAUCAACUGUCGGGAAAGCUGGUCGACGAUCUCGAACGCAAGUUCGACCAAGUCAUCCCUGCCGUCAUCAGCGAAGGCUUCCGAGGUUGCCUGGCGCCCGGAAUCAAGAAGAACUGGUCCUACGGCGGUCUGAGGCUGAAGGAAAAGCAUCCUACCCGUGGUCACAGCGACGAUACGAUCAGCUGGUGCGGCGUGCAGAACAGCUACUGGUGGUGCGACUUCAAAGACGGCACUUGCGGCAUGGUCCACGCACAGAUGAGUCCCUUCCCCGACAAGGCCACCGAGAACAUGCUCGCCGAGAUCGAAAGCCAGGUUCACGAAGCCUAUGCGGCCUGA